AUGACCGCCGAGCAGACCGAGGACAACUGGGGCCGAGUCCUUAUAUGCGGAGGAACAGACUGCGCCGGAGACCUCAACGAACCGUACAUUCUGCGAUCGCUCUGUCACAUCAAGGUCACCAAGGUCCUUUCUGGAUGCGCUGCCAACUACGGAAUCGCUAUCGAUGUGUCGAAGAAGGGCAUCGUUCCCCAUGAUGCACCGAUGCAUGUCUCCCCGCGUAACGUUGGCCUCGGAAACGACGUGAAGUGGGUCGGCGGUGCUGCCGGACGAAGCCAUUGGUUCCUCCUCGACUCAAAGGGAGGCGUAUGGGGAUCGGGCAACAACGUUGUUGGCCAGCUGGGUCUUGUCGAGACUCUCGAGCGCAUCCCCGGGCCAUGGACGCGGGCAGGAGAGAAGGUUGUCCAGGUCACCGCCGGACAUACCUUCUCCCUCUUCCUUACUGACGCGGGCAAGGUGUACGCCUGUGGCUCGAGCGAGCACGGCCAGCUUGGCAACGGAACAACAGGAGAGCGUCUCGUCAAGGCGGGCAAGACUUCCUACGAUGUUCAGGCUCCUCCCCACACCUUUGAGGGCAAGAAGAUCGCGCAGAUCUCGUCUGGAAACCAGCACUCGCUCGCGCUCGACGAGGAUGGAAACGUCUACGCGUGGGGCUACGCUGGCUACGCGCGCCUCGGACUCGGUGACCAGAAGGACCAGCUCGUGCCCACACUUGUGCCGCAGUUUUCGGACAGCAACCCCAAGCGCCGCGCCGAGACUGUCAUUUGCGGACCGACUAAUGUUCCACAUGGCGGGCAAGUGGAAGCUGACGGGAGACGGCUCGACGGGAUCGCCGUACACGACGUUCAAGCUGCUCGACAGUCCUGCAAGAUUCAGGUCGCAUCCCUCGGUGGCUGCACGCACUUCAUCACUACGCCAACGGACGACGGAACGACACAGACUGUCGGCUUCGGUCAGGGAGCGCUUUACGGAGAGCUCUACCAAGCCGAUAGCUAUCGCUCCCCUGGCCGGCAUCGACGUUAUCGAGUAAGCUUUGGUUCGCCUGAUCAAGCUGACACACAGCAUCGCGGCUGGAGCAUUCUUCACUCUCUUCCUCGCCAGGCCCAACCAGCAGCUGGAGGACCGUCCUCGGUAUCCCGUUACUGUCGAGUCCGAGGAUGUGUGCCUGGUCUGUCUCACGAGGAAGGCGAUGAGAGCCUGCUCCUCGAGUGCCAGAAGCCGUAUCACUGCGGCUGCCUGACGCCUCCUCUGACCGAGCUGCCUGAUGGCGAGUGGUUCUGCCCCGUGUGCGAGAAGGAGGGCGAGUCGAUGGAGCAGCAGUGCUCUCUGAUUCCAGACGAGGACGCAAUCGGCGAGCCCGAGCUGCCCGACACGCCUCUGAAGCGUAAGACCGAAUCAGAGGAACGGGCGACGCCAGAAAGUGGAUACAAGCGUCCUCGCUCUGGGUGA